AGAGAUGUUUCCUGGGCUGAAACAGCUUGCGAGUUGGUGACCUUCCCACCAUUUUCGUUCUAUCCCGACAAGGAGGUGCACGUUCAGAUAACUACCAAUCACUGGAACUCCACCAGGAGGAAUUUCGUGCACGAAGCCACCGUCUCGUGGGUGGAAAAUGUCAAUUACCAGAAUUUCAGGGUUUGUGCAACGGCUGCAGGAAGAAAUGACCGUGAUACGAAAGAAUUUGCUUCCGUCGACUGGAUGGCUUACCAAGGAGCUCCAAAUGGAGGUGUAACAGGAAAUACAAAUAUUCCACAAUGGUGGACUGGAACGAAGUGCAUAAAAAUUAGUCUGCCAACGGAUAAAUUUGCUGCUACACCCAUAAUUCUGGUGACAGCAGAUCACGUAACUUCAGCUUACAAGCACGACGCCGCCAGUCUGUGGGUAGAAAAUGCUACCAGAUCUACCUUUUACAUUUGCCUCCGAGAAUUACAAAAUUAUGACGGUCUCCAUGAGGACAUCCUUGUGAACUGGAUGGCUUUUGAAGAAAUUCAUCGCCCGCUUUUCUCUGAAAGUAGAAAAAUCGACUUUCCUAACAACAGCUCUGUUUCCGCAAACUACAAUGGUGCGUUCUGCAAGGUACGCUGCACAUGGCCUCCGCCUUGAUUUAGUACUAAUAAUUCUAAUUACCCUACCAGUUAUCUCUUAUUUUAUCAUUGUGUUCAUUCAUCACUUUUGCAUAAAAAGCCUCACCUGGCUCAUCAAUGCAAUUUGAUUGAGUAAAGAUUUUAGUAAAACAUGCACUUGUAGCUAAUAGACUUCCUGUUAACUGUUGCCUUAGUUGAUCUUUUUUAUUUCUGAUUAUUCGUUGGCUGCUUCCUUGGUUGCUUUUCCUUGCAGGAUGUGCAGUUCGUCAAGACUUACGACAAAAAACCUACGGUAAUAAUCGCCGCAAAUCACAAUUCAGAUGGAAACAACCUAAAGUCAAAGUACCUAUCUGUAACUGCAUGGAUAGAGCAUAUCAAGACAUCAGAAUUUCGUAUUUGUCUCAAGGAGUUGUUUGCUGCUCAGCAUGACCCUGUUACUGUCUCUUACGUCGUCCUGGCGGG